AUGUACCUCUCCUCCGCCGCCUGCGAAAACUUCGGUCUGGUCAUCAACACACAGAAGACGGUGGUCAUGCACCAACCGCCACCCCACUUAGCCACACCCCCCAAUGCGCCGCCGCCGCAAAUCAGCGUGAACGGAACUCAAUUGCAAUUGGUGGAUAAGUUACCGUACCUGGGCAGUACCCUCUCCCUUAGCACCAAAAUCGAGGCAGAAAUCGCCCACAGGAUUUUGAAAGCCAGUCAGGCGUUCGGUCGAUCCCAAAGCACAGUUUGAAAUCGUCAUGGUCUCCAACUCAGCGCGAAGCUGAAGAUGUACAAGGCCGUCAUCCUGUCACGGAGCAGAGACCUGGGCGGUGUACACGAGGCAGGCACGCCGGCUGAACCACUUCCACCUCACUUGUCUUCGUCGCAUCCUGAGGCAGGAUCGAAUCCCUGACACCGAUGUGCUGGAACGGACGGGAAUCCCCAGCAUAUACACCAUGCUGAGACAAAUGCAACUGCGUUGGAGCGGCCACCUGGUGCGCAUGAACGACAAGCGACUACAGAACGAUUCUUCUACGGAGACGUCGCGACGGGUUCUCGCCGCCAAGGAGGCCAAAGUCGCCGUUACAAGGAUAGUCUGAAGUCCUCCCUGAAGCGUCUGCAAAGUAACCCGACCAACUGGGAAGAGCUCGCACUCGACCAAACGACCUGGAGGCGGACAGUGAAAACAGGCGCUAUAUACGAAGCCAAGCGCAUCGCCGCCGCCAAAGUAAAACGCGGAGCACGCAAAUCACAGCUACGAACACUCCGCAACGCCGACACACAACCGCUUCCAACAUGUCCUCGGUGUCAACGGGCAUUCGGAGCACGAAUUGGGCUUACUGGACACUUUCGGAUAAACUGCACCUCUCGGACAGCCCCAGUCGUCGUCCCUCCGCCCGCCUCUUCCUCGUAGUCUCCGUCGCCAACUAACUCUGACUGCUCAUCCGAACCACCACUUCCAUCCUCUUCCUCCUCCUCCUGCACUGCCCCAACGACGGCCACUCUGGCGGCUGUCAUGCACAUCAACAUCACUCACAUACCUGACACAACAAUGGACACCACGCCUACAACCUCCGACUCCAGAGGUGAGGACCAGGACUACACCAGCCCUCACUGCGAUCGCACCUUCACCUCACACAUCGGCCUGGUCGGUCACUUGCAAAUGCAAUGCACAGAGGCUGGCGAGCCAGUGUCUUGA